AUGCCCUACCUGGCUCACACCGCCCACGCCCAGCUCGGCGCCCUCUGGCUGGGCUGUGUUGGCUGGACGCUCACUGCCACCGCUCUUGGACUAAUCCAAUGGAGGGUUUGGCUGGUGUCCGACAGGGACGUCAUCAGCUCCGGGGUGGCCUGGGUGGGCGUGUGGCGGACCUGCUUCAACAGCCACACCCUUGUGACCCCUGGCUUCAGGGUCAUGCACUGCAGGUACAUUAGCCUGACGGAGGAGUUCACGCCGCCGGAGAUUGCGGCAGGUCAGGUGCUCAUGUUCCUGUCUCUGCUCGUGGGGCUCUGCGGGAACGCCGGCGGAGUUUAUGCCUUGAGGAACGUCUACUUCGGGAUGAAGGAAUCCCCAAUCCGCUCAGCAUUCCUCACCACUGGCGCUCUGUGCAUCAUGGCCGCCGUGAUGUCACUCAUCCCACUCCUGUGGAACCUGAGCGCGGUGGUGACCAAUCAGACCAUAAAGUUCCCCGCUGAGUUUAAAAUGCCCCCGGCGCCGGACUCUCAACACGUGGGGUGCGGCAUCGGGGUCGGCAUGGUGGGGGCGGUCCUCAUGGUCGUCUCUGGGAUUGUUUUCUGUACGUACAGGUUACCGGUGAGGUCACAGCCCGUGGAUGGGUCGUUACCUGCACGAUUAGACAGCGGGGCGGCCCAGGGGAAAGAUAACCCCGCGUUUGAGUCUCACGGACACUUGUGA